UAUUCACACCACAGUACAGCUUUUUAUCUCUUCUUCGUAACCGUAAAUCUAUAUUUCCGAUGGAAAAAAGCAUACACCUAAUGUUGCUUCUUCUGUGAAUUGUUGGACUUGCUGUUGUGCGGUGACACUGGACCAUGGCACAGACCAACAAUAUGCAGACCACCAACGGGGAGGCGGAUGAUUCCCCCAACAUGCUGGUCUACAGGAAGAUGGAGGACGUGAUAGCCCGUAUGCAGGACGAGAAGAAUGGCAUACCCAUCCGCACAGUGAAGAGCUUUCUUACCAAGAUCCCCAGUGUCUUUUCAGGUUCUGAUAUUGUCCAGUGGAUGCUCAAAAAUCUAAGCAUUGAAGAUCAAGUGGAAGCCUUGCACCUGGGCACUCUGAUGGCGGCGCAUGGAUACUUCUUCCCCAUCUCAGACCAUGUGCUCACGCUCAAAGAUGACAACACGUUCUACAGAUUUCAGACACCAUACUUCUGGCCUUCAAAUUGCUGGGAACCUGAGAAUACUGACUAUGCUGUUUACCUGUGCAAGAGAACGAUGCAAAAUAAAGCCCGUCUGGAGCUGGCUGACUAUGAGGCCGAAAGCUUAGCCAGGUUACAGCGAGCUUUUGCCAGAAAAUGGGAAUUUAUAUUUAUGCAAGCUGAAGCACAAGCAAAAGUGGAUAAGAAGCGAGACAAAAUCGAGAGGAAGAUUCUUGACAGUCAAGAAAGAGCCUUCUGGGACGUGCACCGACCAGUGCCUGGGUGUGUGAAUACGACAGAGGUGGACAUCAAGAAGUCCUCCAGAAUGAAGAACCCUCACAAAACACGAAAGUCUGUAUAUGGUCUUCAGAAUGACAUCCGCAGCCACAGCCCCACUCACACACCUGCCCCAGAGGCCAAGCAGCCCACUGCAGAGGAGCUGCAGGAACAGAUCAAAUUUUGGCAGGCGCAAUUAGACCGGCAUCGAUUGAAGAUGUCCAAAGUGGCAGAGAGUUUACUGGGGUACACAGAGCAGUAUCUGGAGUAUGAUCCCUUCCUGACCACUCCCGAUCCCUCGAAUCCCUGGAUCUCAGAUGACACCACCUUCUGGGAACUGGAGGCCAGCAAGGAGCCUAGCCAGCAGCGGGUGAAGCGAUGGGGAUUUGGUAUCGACGAGGUCCUGAAAGACCCCGUGGGACGAGAGCAGUUCCUCAAGUUCCUGGAAUCAGAGUUCAGCUCAGAAAACCUAAGGUUCUGGUUGGCGGUGCAGGAGCUGAAGAGGAGGCCCAUUCGGGAGGUGCCGACGCGGGUGCAGGAGAUCUGGCAGGAGUUCCUGGCCUCGGGGGCGCCCAGUGCAAUCAACGUGGACUCCAAGAGCUACGCCAAGACCACCGAAAAUGUCAAAGACCCCGGGCGCUACGCCUUCGAGGAUGCACAGGAGCACAUAUAUAAGCUGAUGAAGAGUGACUCCUACAGCCGCUUCAUUCGAUCCAGUGCCUACCAGGAGCUGCUGCAGGCCAAGAAAAAGUCGGCACUCAUUCAGGAUCGCAGAACCUCCUUUGAGAAAUUCACACGCAGUGUGGGAAAAUCUCUCACCUCCAAAAGGUGAGCUGCUCAUGUUGUGUGAUCGAGCUGAAAUGCAGAGACUCUGAUGCCACUGGACAAAGACAGUUUUUUUUCUCCUCCAUUUUUUUCCUCAUCUGGUUGCUCCACACUUCCCCACAGACAACAAUGGACUUCAAACAAAACCCCAAUGGUUGCAUGUCCAAGGGACUGAUUUUCUACAUCCCUUAUUCUGCUUCUUUUUUUUUCGUUUCCGUAUCCUGAAGACAACAUUUUUUAUUAUUUUUCACUUUUUGGUGUUUGUUCGGACUUCUGGAGACCUUUUGAAAAACGUUGGAUGAUGAUGAUGAUUGAUGAUAAUGCCUUUUUUCGAAGCAGUCUGAUGUUCAGUCUCUUCCAUGUAUAUCAGACGGCUUCAACAUCAAGCUGUCCAUUCUUAACGUUAAACAACAUAGAGAUGAAAAAAAGGACAAAAAAACAACAUAGUCAAGGAAAUCUGCAUAGAUAAGCUCUGUGAGAAACACAAAAAUAUUAAUUAACAAAAUAGUCACAUUAGAGGAGGUGUUAACAAGGCACGCAUAAGACACCUGUUUCCAUCUGCAUCAUGUUUUAUUGCACUACAAGGAAAAAAAAGAAACACGCACACACACACACACACACACACACACACACACACACACACACACACACACACACACACACAGGGUCGCUGACAGACGUGGCCGGGCCCAGGCACAAUUUCAUCUGAAAGAGACCUCCUCUUAAUGUAUACAAUGUAAUGGGGUCCCAGUUCUGGGCCCCCCCUAUCCCUGGGCCCGGGACAACUUUGUCCCUCUCUGUCGGCACAGGCCUGAGUGCACACACAUGCACACACGCACACACACACAGAUUUAGCACAGUUUUCCAUCACACUUGUGAAGUCACACUGAAAAAUGUAUUGGAAAUGAUACCACCACCGCCACAACCACCACCAACAGGCUGUGUCUUGUCUUAUGUAGUAGUUAAUUCUUUGUUACUCUCUUCAUUUAUUUUUAUACCAUAUUUAAAGACACUUUUAAUUAAAAUGUAUUAAAGUCAGCCCUUU